UUAUUGGAUUGUGUUCGCCAUAAGACUUGGGUAGUUUAAUGCAUUGUAAUUUUUCUCAGUUUUAUCAAAACAUCCCAUCCGCUGCUAUCAGCUUUGCCGCAUUCUCCCUUCAGUUUUUGCACGGCGCCGGUACUUGGGAGGAAAAAAACAAGAUCUCUAUUUGGCACAUCUGGUCUUUCUCACUGCAACGGGAACUAUAAGAUAAGAAAAUCUUCCUCCACACGCAAUGGCUGACAAUGAGAUCUUCGACGACCCAGAGAAGCUGAAGAGGGGUCUUGUGAAGGUUCUAGAGUGUGUGGCCACCAUCUCGUCAGCAGCAGCGGUGGUCAAUCCCAUCUUCGGCGUGGCGGGCUCUCUCAUCCGGGUGGUGCUGCACCAUGUGGACGAUGAAGACAUGCAGAAACUCAGACGUGAGUUUGGCAGCGUGAAUCGAGCCCUGGAUGAAAUCUCACAGCAGAACCGUCAAGCAUUGCUGCAAAUCAAGAAGGAAACAGUGGACAAACAGUACCACGAGGUGGAGGAAAACAUUCGCAAUCAGUUCCGCAAAUUCAUGGAGAUCGUGGAGGCCAAGCCGGAGCAAGUGCAACGCAAGAAGGAAGAUUUCGUCGAGAGUUUCAUGAAUGACAAAGAUGACCAGAACAUGUACACGCUUUACGAAGGCGUGAUUGGGAAGCGCAAACUCUUCAGCCAGCCCGUCCUAGACGUCUACAUGAAGCAUUCGCAGGGUGACCAGCGCGUCAUGGAGAACCUCUGCACCCGACUGGCCUACCUGUUCUGCAUCGGUUUCAUCGCUCUGAUGGGCUACUACGGCAUCAUAGGGGAUGACUUGGAAUCUCGGAACGAGGAGUGGGAAGAGAACAUGAAGAAUGUGCAGGAGAAAAUGCAGGAGGUGCUGAGGAGAUGCAAGUGAUCGUGAUACCUUUCUGCACAACCAACGCUCUUUAUUGCCUCGUGCUUUGCCUUUUCCUCUAAUAGACAUCAUCGACCUGCAGCAUCUAAUGCAGCAUUAUCCUCCUGAUGAGCGCAGGUCAUGCUGACGGUUACACAGUGAUGCCAUCAUAAUCUGCUUCUUGUUUCUGUUUUUUUUUAUCACAUUUCUUCAUGCCUUUCCUCACUUUAACACUACAUGACAAACAUAAUUCACACUAAUCUACAGAAUGCUGACUGUGGUUAUAUAAAUAUUAUUAAAGUUCAAAAGCAUUCAUAAGCAGUGUCACCUUGAAAAUUGUGCUUAAAAGCUUCAACAUUACAUGAAUAUAAAGAUCUAUCUAUCUGUCUUCACAAACGUUGCAAAAUAAAGAGAAUACCAUUUUCUGUCUGCAUACUAAGAUCAAAAUUUCUGUCAAUGAAAUUUUCAUAUUUAUGCUUUUUUUGGCAUACUUAAAUCUAUUUAGUAGUAGAUUCAGUGUCAUUUUUAGUGCCAUUAGAACAUUAUCAGAGCAUAUAUUUUAAUAUGAGAAGAGAUAUCUAAACUGAAGGUUUUUUUUGCAUUCCUUUGCCCUUUUUAUUUUGGAUAAAUGAAAAUAUUAUACUUGAUGUGCUUGAUGUACUGCGAUACAAUGUACAGUGCUGCAUGUUUGGUCUGACACGACUGAAGUUCAUCUUGAUAAUCACAUUUGUUUCAAAUGUCUUUAUCCAUAAAGCACUGGCAUAUAUAUAAAUACUCCUAUAAAUUCUGUGUUUCAUGUUCUUUUUGAAUGUCUCAAGGAUUGGAACAUGUUGCCCUCAUAAUCAUUAUUAAAAUACAUUUUCUUGUAAUUCAGUCUUUGGAAUGCUGUUGCACUUGUACGAUUGUACAAUAUUGUUACAUUUUUCAAUAAAGAUACAAGGAAAUA